AUGCCCACGCCACAAGCUCCCCACACACCUGGCCCAGAGUCACGAGUGCCAGCGAUCAGGGUUACCUCAGAGGGUGCUCCUGGGGAGUCCCCCCACAGCCCCGCACAGCUUCCACUCAUUUGUGCAGGUCUGCAGACGGCUCUGCAUGGUUGCCUCUUUGAUCCACGCGUCUUCUCUAUCCAAUGGAUGAACGCCAGCCUUCCUUCACCAGCUACUUCCAUGCUUGGCUACAGCAGUCUGCCAACUGCUGUCCUGUGGGGUCCUCGGGGCUGCGAGACCCGCCUGGUCUGUGCAGCCCCUGGGACCCCCCACCAGGGCCAACCUCAACAUCUUCAGGGGAGAGUGAGCACCCCAGCUACUCCAGUGCUGCCGACAGGCUUUGCCAACCACCAGGACACAGAGAAGCAACUUGCACAGCUCAGAGUCUCCAAAACGCCCAUGCCCAUGGGGUUGCACCCAGGCAGCGAUGCCCAUAGCCACUGUGCUGCCCCCCACGUCCAAGCUUUUCGGGAUCCAAGUAGCAACUUUCUAUCAUUUGAGGAGACGCUACUGGAUUGCCAGGACAGUGCCAGCAGCAACCCCAUGCCUGAGGAGUCUGGUAGCCCUAGCAGAGCUCUCUCUCACCCCGACAUCAGCUCACUCUCACUACCCAUGGAGCUCCUCACCCCUGACUACAGCACUCCUGAGACUACCAGUGCUGUCCUGAGCCUUGACCAUUUAAGUAUCAUCGGGAUGGGACCUGAGGAGCAGUGGUGGGAGGUGGGGACAGACCUGCCCGAUUUCUAA